AAUAUCCACCAACAAGUGAUGAAGGCACUGCUAUAAUUUAUCAUGUUGAAGAAUGGAAAAAUAUAGAAAUGGCAUUUAUUCAAUAUUCUAUGGGUUUACCUUCUGGUCAAAAUAAACAACUUGUACUUAUCUUAGUGAUAUUGCUAUAA